AUGUUUGAUAAAGAMUUGCUGGGUUUGGAUUGGGAUGGACAAAUUCACAGGAAUUGUCUCCAAAUCUUCUUUCUCUCCUGUGCUUUUUUAACAGGGGCUCCCUGGCUUGUCCAGGCGGAGGAUUUGAAAUGUGAAUCGAGGAAAGAAAACCAAUCCAGUGGCACUGGUGGCCCUGGGCCGGCCUGGUUUGAGCCGUGGAGCAGCAGCAAACCCUGGAGGGAACCUCUGCGRGAGAAGAACUGGGAGGAGCAGCAGCACAGCGGGGUCCAGGGGACAGCUGGGGACAGAGGGGCUGCAAAGGGGCUGGGACAGCCCUUGGGAAAGCUCACACUGCAGGAGGCUCUGGCCCUGCACCGCCCCGAUUUCAUCUCCCGCUCGGGGCAGCGGCUGCGGCGCCUGCGGAGACGCCGGGAGGAGAGGAGGCUGCAGAGGCUGCUGCAUUCCCAGAGAGAACAAUUGCUGCAAAUCCAGGGGGAACAGCUGCUGCAGAUCCAGGGGGAACAGCUGCAAAUCCAGAGGGARCAGCUGCAAAUGCAGAGGGAGCAGCUGCUGCAGCCCCCGGGGAAGAGGCAGCACUGCAGGAGCGCCCGUCAGCUGCUGCCAGACAGAGGUUUCCCGAUGAAACAAAAAAGAAGAGCAAUUCCCAAGAGUGAAAUGAUUCAAAGAUCUAAAAGGUAAAAUUCAGGGAAUUGUGUUUCGGGUGGAUCAGUGUCCUGGGGAGGGAAGAGCUUU